AUGGAAAUGAGGCUUGUCGCCUGCGAGCGUAUGUUGGGGACACAAUGCUCGAAAAAGACUAUAUUGAGUUUAUGCUUCGAGGAGCAGCUUGUCUACAAUAGAGAUGAGGCUUGUCGCCUCUUGUCUGCAAUGGAAAUGAGGCUUGUCGCCUGUGAGCGUGUGUCAGGGACACAAUGCUCGAAAAAGACUCCAUUGAGUUUGUGCUUCGUGGAGCAGCUUGUCUGCAAUGGAGAUGAGGCUUGUCGCCUCUUGUCUGCAAUGGAGAUGUGGCUUGUCACCUGUGAGCGUAUGUCGGGGACACAAUGCUCGAAAAAGACUUCAUUGAGUUUGUGCUUCGUGAAGCAGCUUGUCUGCAAUGGAGAUGAGGCUUGUCGCCUGUGA